GGGUAAAAAUCGGAAUCACAAUUCUUUAACAGAUCACUGUUAUGAAAAUCGCCCGCGAGUCGUGACGUACGCACGGACUCUGUUUUUUCCGCCUCGAAAACGCUACGUUCUCGCGUCUGGCUGGCGCUGGCCAACACAAGAGUGUGUAUUUUCAAAGUGUGCUUCAAAGUAAACAAAAUACGCUUGGCUAAAAGCUAAAAACGUGUUUAAGAGGCGAAAAAAAAGUGGAAAAUGUAAAACAAGCUGCUGCCGCUACAAAAGUUUCUCAAACGAAUUGAUAAAGUGGAUGGAUGCAUUUAAGUUUGAAUUUUGUGUCAGUGUCGUACUAUCAGAAGAGUGUCCAAAAAUAAAAUACACACAGGAUAUAUGUAGAAAUGCAAUGACCGAGGAUUGAGUUUCACCUGAUUUGUAUUGCCACCUUUCGUAUAUAAUUAUAAUCAACGUGAUCACGCGCUCACACCAGAAAACAAAAAAAAAACAGAAAAAAUAAUAAAAAACAAUAAAAGAAGGCUAAGCGAGAGGAGACCAGAAGACCAGAAGACCUGCGCCAGGAUCAAGUUUUUGGCGAAACCCAUAAUUUCGCCCCUGUUGCUUCUCCUUCACCUCCACAUCGUCGUCAUCAUCAUCGUCUUGCUCGUCGGUCUUCCUCUUCUUCAUCAUCAUCGCGGGCUCCACCGUGUCGCCGGCUUGACCGACGCCGCUGCCAUAAACAAACCCAUACCAACCCAUACUCCAAUACUCCAAUACUCCAAUACUCCAUACCCGAAACCCAAACGAAUCCAGUUCUCCUGCAGCUUUUGUUUUGCUUUUGUUGCCUUGCUGCCUCGCGUUUAUUGUUUUGUUGCAAGAACGACGUAGACUCUCUAGACUGUAGACUGUGGAGUGGAGAAUCCGGGGACUUGGGAGAACUGAAGAAAGCGAAGAAAAAAAGAGCUGAACGAUCGGCCACAACAGCAACCUACUAAGUUGCAUUGCAGCCACAGCCGCAGCCCCAGCCCAGCCGCCGUAUAAAAAUCAUCAAGAAGUGUUGUUGCUGUUGCUGUUGUAGCCAUCAGACAUGGCGCCGAAAUCCAGAAAGAAGAAGGCUCAUGGUAAGUUCAAAGUCUACUCUACGAUGGAUCAUCGAGAAGCGUUGAGAUUAAGAAGCUUUGUUGCCCGCUCCCUGACCUGCUACUGCGAUGGCAGUUGUCCCGGCAACGUCAGCAAUGGCACCUGCGAAACAAGACCCGGCGGCAGUUGCUUCAGCGCUGUCCAAAGCUUCUACGAUGAAACCACCAACACAUAUGAGGAGGAGCGCACAUACGGCUGCAUGCCCCCCGAAGACAACGGCGGGCUUCUAAUGUGCAAAGUGUCCGCCGUACCCCACCUGCAUGGCAAGAACAUAGUCUGCUGCGACAAGGAGGACAUGUGCAACCGCGACCUGCAUCCCGUUUACACACCGAGGAUGACCACGCCGCCUCCAGAGCUGCCGGUGAGCAGCGAAUCCGUCCAUACACUCGUCCUCUGCGGUUCCAUCGUCGUGUGCCUGUCGGUGCUGACGCUAAUCAUGGCCAGCCUGUGCAUCACCUACAAGCGGCGCGAGAAACGCAAGCAACCACGUCUCAUCUCCUCCAUGUGCAACUCCCAGCUGUCGCCGCUCUCCCAGCUCGUCGAACAGAGUUCCGGAUCCGGAUCAGGACUGCCGCUGCUGGUUCAGCGAACCAUUGCCAAGCAGAUCCAGAUGGUGCGACUGGUGGGCAAGGGACGUUACGGCGAGGUGUGGCUGGCAAAGUGGCGGGACGAGCGAGUGGCCGUCAAGACCUUCUUUACCACCGAGGAGGCCUCCUGGUUCCGCGAGACCGAGAUCUACCAGACCGUCCUGAUGCGUCACGAUAACAUCCUGGGCUUCAUCGCCGCCGACAUCAAGGGGAAUGGCAGCUGGACGCAGAUGUUGCUGAUAACCGAUUACCAUGAGCUGGGAAGCCUGCACGAUUACCUCUCCACAUCGGUGAUCACUCCCCAGAAGUUGCAGCUGCUAGCCUACUCCUUGGCCUCGGGCUUGGCCCAUCUGCACGAGGAGAUCUUUGGAACUCCGGGAAAACCGGCGAUUGCCCAUCGGGACAUCAAGAGCAAGAAUAUAUUGGUAAAGCGCAACGGCCAGUGCGCCAUUGCCGAUUUUGGGCUGGCGGUGAAGUACAACUCGGAACUGGAUGUCAUCCACAUUGCACAGAAUCCCCGUGUCGGAACACGCCGCUACAUGGCGCCAGAGGUCCUCAGCCAGCACCUGGACCCGAAACAGUUCGAGGAGUUCAAACGGGCGGACAUGUACUCUGUGGGUCUGGUGCUGUGGGAGAUGGCCCGCCGGUGCUACACACCCAUCUCGGGCACCAAGACGACCACCUGCGAAGACUACGCCUUGCCGUACCACGAUGUGGUACCGUCGGAUCCCUCGUUCGAGGACAUGCACGCUGUGGUGUGUGUAAAGGGCUUCCGGCCGCCGAUACCGUCGCGCUGGCAGGAGGACGACGUCCUGGCCACCGUCUCCAAGAUCAUGAUGGAGUGUUGGCACCCGAAUCCCACCGUCCGACUGACGGCCCUGCGCGUGAAGAAGACGCUGGGGCGACUGGAAACGGACUGCCUGAUCGACAUGCCCAUUAAGAUCAUCUAAGCACACUAUCUGUAUCUGUAGCUAUAGUCCCGUUCUAGGUAUGACCUAUGUUGCAUUUAGUUUUCUGUUUAAUUUCUGUUGUCGCUUCACCCUUUGUGAGGCCGAAGCCUCCUAGUUUUGGUUCGUAAUCAUAAGUUCAUUAGUUGCCUGUACUUGAGCGGAGCGGAGCAGAGCAGAGGAUCCCGAAGAGGUGCCUAUUUUACGAUUACUUUAAUCGCCGCACUGAUUGUAAGCUAGAUGUUAGAGUUACGGCUAGCGCGUAAGAUUAGUUAGGGCUAGACACUAAGGCCUCGUUGCAAAAAUCUUUGGUUAGAAAAAUGCUUUAACUAUUUGAGAAAUACGUGAAGGAGAACUUGCGUGUGUAUUUUGAAUGUACAUAAGUUUGCGAACUGAAACCAAUCGGAAUCGAAAUUUACUUAUUGUAGGUGUAUACUAUACAUUUUUUGUGCCAGCUUUUGAACGCUUCAACCGUACGAGUUAAGCCCACUUCCUAAGCCCCUUUUUUUCCGAACCCUCCGAGGCCUUAGCCUCCCCACAAGGCACAUCCUAUACGUAUUAGGUUGUGCCGUGCCUUUGUAUGUAGUGAUUAACUGAAUACUUUGCAGACUUGUGCAAGUGAAUGCUGCCUUUUGUAAAAUCCACGGAAUUAGUUGCCUUAAGACAGAGUGUAAAGACAGGAGCCCACUGACAGACGGUGAUCCAUCAAAGGAGACCAAGCCUUAACCCUUCCUUCUCCCCCAUGCCUAGGCAAUAUAUAAAGAUAUGUACCCAGAGAGAGAUGUAGAGCGAUGCUAUCGUCUCGAGAAGUGCGCCUGUGUCGGUUCUUUUGUUUUGUGUAAAUAGCAUAGAUGUUUAAAGGCCGCUAACUAUACAGAUAUAUAGUAUAUAUAUUAUAUAUUAUCGUUAUAAGCGAUUCUGUAAAUACUAUAUAUGUAUCUUUAUCCUUAUCCGUAACCAUUUAACUUAUCUCUUAUCGUUCUUAUCAAGUAACCUUGUUUAAGCUAGACGUAGACAGUAAACGCUACCCUGUAAGAACAUCGAGUAAACUAUAUACACUAAAUGGAUAUUUAAGUCGAUCUUUCA